AUGACGGGCAUAGUGAGAAAGGCCACAAGUAUAUUUCUUUUAUCUUUGUUUCUCCUCCCGUACCUAAUGAAUGGCUGGACAGCGUUGGCGACAAGGAUCUUGUCAGGCAAAGGGCCAUGGUGCGUGGCCAAUCCAAAUGCGCAAACGGAGGUGCUCCAAGCGAACAUCGACUAUGUCUGCGGGAUCGUCAUAGGGGCUUGCGGCGCGAUACAGGAAGGCGCCUCGUGCUACACCACGGACAUCGUCAGGCGGGCAUCCUACCCCAUGAAUGCCUACUUCUACAUGUACGGCCACAAGGACAUCAACUGCUACUUCAAUGGUACUGGCCGCAUCGUCCACGAUGACCCCGGUUACGGGAACUGCGUAUAUCCUUCAUGA